GGAGAAUUGGGAGCCCCAGGUCCUCCUGGAGUCCUUGGGCUCAUUGGUGAUCAGGGAGGAGCAGGUGUUCCAGGAGAUAUCGGCUUCCAAGGAGACAAGGGAAAAGUCGGUGACAAAGGUCCAGUUGGGUUUCCAGGACCACCUGGCCCUGAGGGAAAGCCAGGAGCACGAGGUUUACCUGGGCCGAGAGGACUGCCUGGACAAGAGGGUCGAUCUGGUCGGAAGGGAUUUCCGGGAAGACCUGGUCCUGAUGGUCCAAAGGGUGAGCCAGGAAACCAUGGCCGACCAGGGAAAGUUGGGACCAGAAGGGAAACCAGGAAAACAGGGCGAAAAGGGCAAGCCUGGCCAGAAGGGCAGCAAGGGCUACCAGGGGCAGCUCGGCGAGACAGGAUCUCCAGGGAAGGAGGGGCCAAAGGGGAACCAAGGCCCUAAAGGAUCCCGAGGUACCCUGGGACCUAUGGGUGCUCCAGGACGGAUGGGUGCUCAAGGGGAACCUGGCUUAAAAGGUUACCAGGGACAUGCAGGACCACCAGGGCCCAUUGGACCACCAGGGCCAAAGGGGGAAAAGGGAGAACAAGGUGAUGAUGGGAAAGUAGAAGGCCCACAGGGACCACCUGGAGACAGAGGCCCCGUUGGUGACAGAGGUGAUAGAGGGGAGCCUGGAGACCCUGGUUAUCCUGGUCAAGAAGGGCUUGAUGGAGAAAGAGGAAAACCUGGACAGCAAGGUUUACCUGGGGAUCCUGGACCACCAGGCCAGCCAGGAGCAAAGGGAUCCAAAGGUGAUGUGGGUCAAAAAGGAAAACAAGGAGCACGGGGCAAUGCAGGGAGCAGAGGCUCACCGGGCAUCCUUGGGCUACCAGGUCCUCGAGGAGUGGUGGGAAGGCAGGGUCAAGAGGGUGCCCCUGGAGUGGAUGGAGUGCCUGGGAAGGAUGGUGUGCCUGGGAUGCUGGGAGAGCAGGGUGAUGAUGGGGAAGAAGGUGCGACAGGGAUGUCAGGCAAAAGAGGGAACCCUGGCAUACCAGGACUCCCUGGGGCACAGGGACCACCAGGAUUCAAGGGUGAAACAGGAUUGCCUGGACAGACUGGCCAAACAGGGAAGCGAGGAUCAUCAGGAGGAACGGGCCUUCCAGGGAGCCCCGGUGAUCCAGGACCCAAAGGACAGCCGGGAGACUUUGGCGAGGCAGGAUUUCCAGGGAUUGCGGGCAUGUUUGGGCCAAAGGGCCCGCCAGGAGACCUUGGUUUCAAAGGCAUUCAGGGACCACGUGGGCCACCUGGUCUCAUGGGAAAAGAAGGAAUUAUUGGUCCACUUGGCAUUCAGGGUCCUACGGGAAGCCCAGGGCCCAAGGGAGACAAAGGCAGCCGUGGAGAAAUGGGUCUGCAAGGUCCAAGGGGUCCUCCAGGCCCACGAGGACACCCUGGCCCUCCGGGACCACCAGGAAUUCCAGCCUCAUUUCAACAAGACAGCUUUGGGGCAGCUUUCCGGACACUAAUCAACUCGAACACUGCACUCAAGACAGAGGAUUACCAACAUCCAGACCUUCUCAUGCUGGACCACGGAGGGGAGAUCUUUAAGACUCUACACUACCUCAGCAACCUCAUUCAGAGCAUCAAAAGACCCCUGGGAACCAAGGAAAACCCUGCACGCAUCUGUCGAGACCUCAUGAACUGUGAACAGAAGAUGAAUGAUGGUACCUACUGGAUUGACCCAAAUCUUGGCUGUGCCUCAGACACCAUACAGGUCAUCUGUAACUUCACCAAUGGUGGGCAGACGUGUCUCAGCCCCAUCACCGUCUCCAAGCUGGAUUUUGACAUCGGUAGAGUCCAGAUGAACUUCCUCCGCCUCUUGAGCUCAGAGGUGGUGCAACACAUCACCAUCCACUGCCUGAAUACCUCUGUCUGGCGGGAAGGUUCAUCCGAGAAACCUUCAGAAAAAGCCGUGCGCUUCAGGGCCUGGAAUGGACAGAUGUUUGAGGCAAAUGGGCAGCUCAGGCCAGAAGUGGCAGCUGAUGAUUGCAAGAUCAAGGAUGGACGCUGGCAUCGGACUCUCUUCUCAUUUCGGACGCAGGACCCUCAGCAGCUGCCAAUUGUCAACAUCUACAACCUUCCCCCAUCCAAGCCAGGAAAGCAAUAUCACCUCGAGGUCGGCCCCGUGUGCUUCCUUUGAACAAAGCCAUCGAAACUGGGCUCCAAGGCUUUGACCCCAUGUUUGGCCUAUGUCUUUACACAGGCUCUCCCACCUCUCUGCAGCAAGGACAGCUGGGCUGUAUCUUUUGGGUCAACUCUUGCUCUAGCCUUUGGCUCAAGGUCUCAAAGAAUCCGUGAUCUACUGAACUCAGCAGAUUGUUGAAAGGAGGAAUAACAAGGACGUAGGGGAAGCGGGUAUCAGUCGGGACAUGAACAGUGAAAAGGGAUCAGGGGACUAGAUGUUGCAAGCAGUUCCACACACAAAGCUUUUACCAUGACCAAAGAAA